AUGCAACUGAAAGGUCCCAAGCCCAUCCAGUGUGGAGACUUUGAUGGACUUCUGGAGUUGGCCACUGUGUGCUCAAUGUGCAAUGACUCCUCUCUGGAUUACAACGAGGCUAAAGGGGUUUAUGAGAAGGUGGGGGAGGCCACAGAAACUGCUCUCACCACCUUGGUGGAGAAGAUGAACGUCUUCAAGACGGACUUGUCUGGACUCACUAAGGUGGAGCGUGCCGGGGCUUGCAACUCGGUGAUCAGGCAACUGAUGAAGAAGGACUUCACUUUGGAGUUUUCUCGUGAUCGCAAGUCCAUGUCAGUUUACUGUACUGCUGUCAAACCUGGUUCCCCGAGCAAAAUGUUCAUCAAGGGGGCCCCUGAAAGUGUCAUCGAGAGGUGUGAGUACCUGCGUGUGGGAACAGGGAAGGUAACGAUGACGCCCGCUCUGCGCGAACAGCUCAUGUGUAAGAUCAGGGAGUGGGGCACGGGCAGGGACACGCUGCGCUGCCUGGCUCUGGCCACGCACGACACCCCCCCACGCAAAGAACACAUGGACCUGGAAGACUCCAGCAAGUUUGCAAAGUAUGAGAUGGGGCUCACAUUUGUCGGCUGUGUGGGAAUGCUGGACCCUCCCAGGAAGGAGGUGAUCGGCUCGGUGAAGCUGUGCAACGAGGCCGGUAUCCGAGUGAUCAUGAUCACUGGAGACAACAAAGGCACGGCCGUGGCCAUCUGCAGGCGCAUCGGCAUCUUUGGGGAGGACGAGGACGUGACGGGAAAGGCGUACACGGGCCGCGAGUUUGACGAUCUCUUGCCGGAGGCUCAGAGGGAGGCGGUGAAGCGCGCACGCUGCUUUGCUCGAGUCGAGCCUGCUCACAAGUCCAAGAUCGUUGGAUACCUGCAGUCGUUCGACGAGAUUACAGCCAUGACAGGAGACGGUGUGAAUGAUGCCCCCGCCCUGAAGAAGGCAGAGAUUGGGAUUGCCAUGGGUUCUGGUACAGCCGUGGCCAAGUCUGCGUCUGAGAUGGUGCUUUCUGAUGAUAACUUCUCCACCAUCGUGGCUGCAGUGGAGGAGGGACGGGCCAUCUACAACAAUAUGAAGCAGUUCAUCAGAUACCUCAUCUCCUCCAACGUGGGGGAAGUGGUCUGCAUCUUCCUGACAGCCAUCCUGGGUCUCCCUGAGGCGCUGAUCCCAGUCCAGCUGCUGUGGGUUAAUCUGGUGACAGACGGCCUGCCUGCUACGGCGCUGGGCUUUAACCCCCCAGACUUGGACAUCAUGGACAAACCUCCGCGCAAUCCUAAGGAGCCACUCAUCUCCGGCUGGCUCUUCUUCAGAUACCUCGCCAUUGGAGGAUAUGUGGGUCUUGGAACAGUGAGCGCGGCGAUGUGGUGGUACCUGUUUGAUGAAGAGGGUCCACACGUCUCCUUCUAUCAGCUGAGACACUUCAUGCAGUGCACGGAGGACAACCCCAUGUUCCAGGAUGUAGACUGUGACGUGUUUGAGUCCCGCUACCCCACAACCAUGGCGCUGUCGGUGCUGGUCACUAUCGAAAUGUUUAACGCUCUCAACAGUUUGUCUGAGAACCAGUCCCUGCUGAGGAUGCCUCCCUGGGUCAACAUCUGGCUGCUGGGAGCCAUCAUCCUCUCUCUGUCCCUCCACUUCCUAAUCCUCUACAUCGAGCCUCUGCCGCUCAUCUUCCAGGUAACCCCUCUGCGCUGGUCCCAGUGGAUUGUGGUCUUAAAGAUUUCCAUCCCAGUCAUCCUCCUGGACGAGGCGCUGAAAUUCAUCUCCAGGAACCACUUAGAAGAUGACGAGGAGAAGAAGUAUCGGCGCCGGUGGCAGCUGAACUAAGACCCCCCCCCCCCCCCUCUACACGCACAUAAUUAAACACACACACACACACAGCGACACUCUUCCCUUCAUGCGCUUUCUGUUGUCCUCCCUCGGCCCCUGCAUGUCCACCACACGGCACCACUAGAAACGAGCAAGGCUGUUCCUCCGAGCACGGCUUUGUACAGGUGUGUGAGUGGACGAGCGUCAGGUGUGUGUGUGAGGAAAAACGUCCGAAGCAGAACUUUAUAUGUGCGAGAGCAAAAAUCAUAGAAACAACAGCAGAGGAAAAAAAAAAAGAACGAUUGUGGCCUGAGCUUUAAAGGAUUCCUGCUCCACUGCUCUUUUUCAC